UGAAGCUGUUGGGGAUUCAGUGAAGUACCACCGUCGCAUCGGUAGAGUGAAGGAUCCGGACCUGCUUUGUCUGUGAAUGAACGUCGUAGUCGAACGCCGUAGUAGAGAUGUGGACAGAAAUCGGAAAACUAUUAUUCUUCCAUUUGUUAGUCAUGGAGCUUCACUCAACAAAAGGAACUGAGGAGGAAUGCGAGGAUGGACAGUUUCAGUGCAAUAAUAAGAGGUGUAUACCAACUAUAUGGAGGUGCGACGAUGACGAUGACUGCUCGGAUAACAGUGACGAGGAGAAUUGUCCGAGGAAGACAUGUGCGCCCACAGACUUUGCCUGUCAGAACGGCCACUGCGUGUCUGGCCGAUGGCGCUGUGAUGGAGAGCCCGAGUGUCCAGACGGGUCGGACGAGGCCGACUCCAUAUGCAUCCGACAGACGUGCCCCCCAGAGAAAUUUGACUGUGGUGGGAAGUGCGUGUCCCUGUCGUGGCGAUGCGACGGUGAGAAGGACUGUGAGAAUGGGGCUGAUGAGGAGGACUGUGCAGCAGACGCCCGUGCCUGCCCUGCUGGCAAGUUCCAGUGCCACAACCAGCGUUGCCUGGCACCGGCCUACGUGUGCGACGGCGACGACGACUGCGGCGACGGCAGCGACGAGGCCAAGUGCGCUCCGCCCACCUGCGGCCCGCACGAGUUCCGCUGCAACAGCUCGGAGUGCGUGCCCCAGCCCUGGAGCUGCGACGGCGACCCCGACUGCUCCGACGGCUCCGACGAGUGGCCCCAGCGCUGCGGAGGCGCAGGAGGAGGAGGAGGAGGAGGAGGUGGGGGGACAGAGGGGCGCGGGAAGCCCUUAGCUCCCCCGCCGGCCCGCAAGCUGGAGUGCUCGCCGGGAGAGUUCCGCUGCGGCAGCGCCGAGUGCAUCCGGCCGGCCUGGAGGUGCGACGGGGACCCCGACUGCAAGGACAAGUCAGACGAGGCGGACUGCCCUGUGCUCACCUGUCGGCCCGAUGAGUUCCAGUGCGGAGACGGCUCCUGCAUCCACGGCACCAAGCAGUGCAACAAGGUGCACGACUGCCCUGACCGCAGCGACGAGGCUGGCUGUGUCAACGCAACCAAAUGUGAGGGCCCUCAUAAGUUCCUGUGCGGAAAUGGAGAGUGCAUCGACGGUGACAAAGUGUGCGACGGCUCCCGCGACUGCAAGGAUCGUUCAGACGAGCCCAAGAAAGAGUGCGGCCUGGACGAGUGCCAGCUCAACAACGGAGGCUGCUCGCACGUCUGUGUGGACCGGCCCAUUGGCUUCGAGUGCCAGUGCCCAGCGGGGUACAAGCUGCUGGACAAGAGAACCUGCGGAGAUAUCGAUGAGUGUGAGAACCCAGACGCCUGCAGCCAGAUCUGCGUCAACCUGAAAGGGGACUUCAAGUGUGAGUGUCACCCGGGCUACGAGAUGGACCCCGUCAGCAAGACCUGCAAAGCAGAGGGGAAGAGUCCGUAUCUGAUGUUUACCAAUCGCCACGAGAUCCGCCGCAUCGACCUGGUGAAGAGGGACUACACCCAGGUGGUGCCCACGCAGAAGAACGCCGUGGCCCUCGACGUGGACGUGGCCUCCAACAGGAUGUUCUGGUGCGACCGCUUCCACCGGAGGAUCUACAGCGCUUACAUCCACGAAGCCAGCGACCCCGCCCGGCAGCUGACCCUGAUCGACUCGGCCCUGCACUCUCCAGAGGGCCUGGCUCUGGACUGGGUGCAGCACAACCUCUACUGGACCGACUCCGGCGACAGAACCAUCUCUGUGGCAACAGCAGACGGACGGAAGCGCACGGUUCUGAUUGACAGCGACCUGAGCGAACCACGGGCCAUCGCCGUGGACCCAGAACAAGGGUUCAUGUACUGGUCGGACUGGGGCUCCAGGGCCAAGAUCGAAAAGGCCGGGAUGAACGGAGUGGACCGGCAGAUCCUGGUGUCGGAGGGCAUCGAGUGGCCCAAUGGGAUCACUCUCGAUCUCUUAAACAGGCGUCUGUACUGGGUGGACUCAAAGCUGCACCUCAUCUGCAGUGUGGACCUCAGUGGAGCUCAGCACAGGGUGGUCCUGGCCUCCACAGAGAGACUGGGGCACCCAUACGCCCUGGCCGUCUUCGAGGACCGCGUGUACUGGACCGACCGUGAGAAGGAGGCCCUCUACAGCGCUAACCGUCUGACUGGACAGGAGCGGACCGCCCUGGCCGAGAACCUCAACGACCCGCAUGACAUCGUGGUGGUGCACGAGCUCCGGCAGCCAAAAGGCGUCGACAGCUGUAACAUGGCUGGGGAGAAGAACGGCGGCUGUGACUUCCUGUGCCUGAAAGCGCCGCAGAUCACAGAGCACUCACCCAAGUACACCUGCGCCUGCCCCCGCGGAGAGGAGCUCGGAGGCGACAUGCGGCGCUGCGUACCCGCGACGCCAUCUGUCCAAGACUCCAACUCCACUGCAGCGCUGAACACCUCCAUGACCGUCGCCAUGGAGACGGCAUCCGUGGUCCUGCCAAAUUCCACCACCCCUGCAAGCCCGUUGGCUGCGGACUCAGGGAUCGCCGUGGCGACGGGCCUCACACCUGCACCCCCCUUCACCAGCAUGGCCGACUCCCAGGAGCCGUCCAACUGGACCCAGCUGCCCACCCGCAGCAACACAUCUGCCAAAGCCGUCACCAGCGCCCCCAAAGAUAUCAGCAACCUGUCCCCUCAUGCUGGCAAUGAGCUGUUUCUCCUUGGCAACAAUCUGACAGUGGCGGUGUUGGGCAUUGUUAUUCCCAUAGUUCCUAUCGUUGCCACAGUAGUCUUCGGCCUGGUGUGCGCCGGCGUCUACCUGGUGUGGCGCACCUGGCGGAGCAAGAGCACCAAGAGCAUGAACUUCGACAACCCCGUCUACCGCAAGACCACCGGCGAGACGGAGGAGGACGAGAUCCACAUCGGCCGGACGGAGGGCCUCGUGGGGCCCCACCACCACCACCACCCCCACCCCUACCCCGGCCCCGGCGUGGGCAUGGCCAGCGUGGGCAGCAGCAGCAGCGGGAGCGGUGGCACGUGUCCGCCUUUCAUCGCCCUGCCCAUGGGCGGCGGGCUGCCUGACCCGGCCACGCACUGGUACACCGAGCAGCCCACCAUCGCAGGCCCCAAAUGAGAUUUGCGUGCCAUCCCCCGCCGGGGCGGGAUUGGCGGGACAAAAUGGCUGCCAGGCCAAAGAUUUUAACAAGUGAGCGUUGUGCUGGUCAGACCGUCAGUGUGAGACUCCUUAACAGACAUUCCUUAACAGUGGGACCACGCUUAGAGACAACCCCCCCCCACCCCCCUCUCCAC